AUGAUGGCGGAAGAUAGCGAGUCCGCAGCCAGUCAGCAGAGCCUGGAGCUGGACGACCAGGACACCUGCGGAAUAGAUGGCGAUAACGAGGAGGAGAAUGAACACAUGCAAGGGAGUCCGGGGGGAGACUUGGGGGCUAAGAAGAAGAAGAAGAAACAGAAGAGAAAGAAAGAGAAGCCAAGCUCUGGAGGGGCCAAGUCAGACUCUGCCUCAGACUCACAGGAGAUAAAGAACCCAGGGCUGCCCAUGCAGAAGCUGCAGGACAUCCAGAGAGCCAUGGAGUUGCUGUCCUGCCAGGGACCAGCUAAGAGCAUCGAUGAGGCCACCAAACACAAGUACCAGUUCUGGGACACACAGCCAGUACCUAAACUCAAUGAGGUUGUAACCAGCCAUGGGCCCAUGGAGGCUGACAAGGACAACAUCAGACAGGAGCCCUACUCUCUACCACAGGGCUUUAUGUGGGACACUCUGGACCUCAGCAACGCUGACGUGCUGAAGGAGUUGUACACCUUGUUGAAUGAGAACUAUGUGGAGGAUGAUGACAACAUGUUUAGAUUUGAUUACUCACCCAGCUUUCUCAAAUGGGCGUUGCGUCCUCCAGGCUGGUUGCCCCAGUGGCAUUGUGGGGUGAGGGUUUCCUCCAAUAAGAAACUGGUUGGUUUCAUCAGUGCCAUUCCUGCUGAUAUCCACAUCUACGACACCUUAAAGAAAAUGGUUGAGAUCAACUUCCUGUGUGUUCAUAAGAAAUUGCGUUCAAAGCGUGUGGCUCCAGUUCUGAUCCGGGAGAUCACACGAAGGGUUAACUUGGAGGGUAUAUUCCAGGCCGUCUACACGGCAGGAGUGGUACUUCCCAAACCUGUGUCUACCUGCAGGUACUGGCAUCGUUCUCUGAACCCCAGGAAGCUGGUGGAGGUGAAAUUCUCUCACCUGAGCAGAAACAUGACGCUGCAGAGAACCAUGAAACUGUACCGACUACCAGACAGCACUAAGACCCCGGGCUUGCGAGCGAUGGAGAGGCGUGAUGUGUGUCAGGUGACGGAGCUGCUGCAGAAACACAUGAGACGUUUCCAGCUGGCGCCCUCUAUGUGCGAGGAGGAAGUGGCACACUGGUUCCUCCCUCAGGACAACAUCAUAGACACAUUUGUAGUGGAGGGUGCCGGUGGUGUGUUGACAGACUUCACUAGUUUCUACACCCUGCCCUCCACAGUGAUGCACCAUCCACAGCACAGAAGUCUAAAGGCUGCUUACUCCUUCUACAGCGUUCACACACACACUCCACUACUGGACCUGAUGAAUGACACUCUCAUACUGGCCAAACUGAAAGGCUUUGAUGUGUUUAAUGCUCUGGACCUGAUGGAGAACAAGGUGUUUCUGGAGAAGCUCAAAUUUGGCAUCGGAGACGGCAACCUGCAGUAUUACCUUUUUAACUGGAAAUGUCCCCCCAUGGACCCCGACAUGGUUGGCCUUGUUCUUCAAUAA